AUGGCUUGCUACGGCCUCAUCCUGCCAACGAUGCUGGCGCUUUGCGCCUUGGCGGUUCAGGCGCAUGACGGCCGCAUUGCGAGGAAGGACCUGAGUGGCGUGGGCAUUGGCCUCGGUGCUGGCGUCGGCCUCGGUGCAGGCGGCUCCGGAUCUGGAUCUGGUUAUGGUUCAGGAUCUGGGGCUGGUUUUGGGGAGGGAUCUGGUUCUGGGUCGGGUAAUAUUGGCGAAGGUUCUGGUUCUGGGUCGGGCAAUAUUGGCGUAGGUUCUGGUUCAGGUUAUGGGCGUGGUGGUUUUGGUUCUGGGUCGGGCAAUAUUGGCGUAGGUUCUGGUUCAGGUUAUGGGCGUGGUGGUUUUGGUUCUGGGUCGGGCUAUGGGCAGGGUUAUGGUUCGGGUACAGGUCUAGGUCAAGGAUCUGGUGCAGGUUCAGGCUCUGGCUUUGGGUCAGGGUACGGCCGAGACACGCGUUCCAGUUCUGGUGAAGGUUCCGGGGAGGGCUAUGGAUAUGGAUAUGGAUCUGGUUUUGGUUAUGAACGGGGUGUUGGUGCUGGCUAUGGGCAAGGCAGCGGGUCCGGGUCGGGUUCCCACUACGGGCAAGGCAUUGGCACAGGCUUUGGUGUAGGUUAUGGGCAAGGCAUUGGCACAGGCUUUGGUGUAGGUUAUGGGCAAGGCUCAGGCGAUGGUCAAGGUUUUGGUUCUGGGUACGGUCAAGGCUGGGGAUAUGGGUCUGGUUCUGGAUCUGGACAUGAACAUGUCACUGCUCACCGUGGAAGAAAGGGAAAGUGA